AUGGUGGCGAGCGUGAAACAUCUUGUUCCAGGUGGUCCAGCUUCCUUGAAUAGUCAAUUAGCUGUUGGUGAUGUCAUCGUCAGUGUGAAUGGAACAAAUGUACUGGGUUAUACACACUCUCAAUUAGUAUCAUUAUUUCAGUCAAUUCCAAUUGGAGCUAGUAUUAAUUUACUCGUUUCACAAGGUUAUCGAUUACGACGAGAAGCUGGUGAUGAUCCACCGAUCCAUGUGAAUGGUCAUCAUCAUCAUCAUGGUGCAACAGGUGUCCUGAACGAUGUGAUUGAUAUCUCAGCUCAGAAUAAGAAUACUUUAAAUAACCGUAAACUUGAUGAAGAUACUGUUGAUAGCCUACCAUUGACUGAAUUACAUUUAGUCAAUGCAUCAAGAAAUUCCGGUAUCAUCUCUUCAUCACAUUCUUCAAUUUCACCGACACCACCUCUAUCAGCAUCAGGAUCUUCAGUAUCGAAUAAUGGUAAUUCAUCACAAGAACUCCUUGUAGUACGUUCUAGUCCAUCCAAUUUAAAUGGUCAAGGAAAUAAUUUUGUCGGGAAAUUGCGCAAUUCACAAAGACCAGAAUUUCUAAAGGUGUCCAUUUUUAAACAAACCAAUGGUUUCGGUUUUACUUUAGCCGAUCACAUCCAAGGUCAACAUGUGAAAGCUAUUUCCGAUCCAAUCAGAUGUGGUCGUUUACGUGUUGGUGAUGUCAUCGUUGAAAUUAACGAUCAACGUGUAAAAGAUAUGCCACAUAUUGAAGUUGUACAAAUAUUAAAACAAUGUCCAGUUGGCAAAGAAGCACGAUUACUUGUUCAACGUGGUGGUUUAUAUACUUCACCAUUAUCAUUAUUGGAUUCUGAAUUACUUGAAAUGAAUUCAUUGAAUUUCAAUGAACAGCGUUAUCGUGGGAAUAUAGCCACUAAUCAUCAAUACGUGAAUGAUUUUCAUGUCAAAUCAACUGAUCGACCAUCCAAUGCUACCAUAAUUGGUGCUGUUCCCACUUCAUCGCCAUCUCUUGAUGUCACUGUUAAUAAUCAUGCUGUAAAUACUACUACUGCUACUACUGUUAAUAAUAAUUUGAGUAUUAUUUAUGCUACACCUCAACCUCAACGAAAUCAUCUGUCUUCCCGAAUUGGUUGCCAUCAUCAUCAUCAUACUUCCGGUAGUACAGGUGGCAAUAGUAUCUCUUCAAAUAGUAGUUCUUCACAUAUACGUGCACAUACUCCUGAUCCAUAUGUUGAUCGACGUUUAGGCUUAGAUAGUAGUCCUGAUCAUCAAUAUCCUCCUCCUCCUCCUUCUUCUCUGACUCAGCAUCAACAUUCAUAUCAAAAUGACCGACCAUCGAAUGAUGAUUUAAUUGGUCGAUCAAAUUUCAAUCAAACCGAUUAUAUUCAUCAUUAUUCUAAUCAUAACAAUGGAAAUAUUCCUAACAAUAUGGGUUUAUCUGUAAUCUCAGAUCGACGUCGACGUGUACAUCCUGUUGAUGAUAGCGGUAAAAUACACUAUUGUUAUUUGUAA